CUAGAGGUUCUCUGCUGGGCCGGAGUAGGCGGCUGGGGGAGGGGAGCGUGGGGCCGACGGUUUUGUGGGGUUGGGGGGGAAGCAAAAAGCGGGCGAAAGGCUGCUUCCCAAGGCUCUCCUUGCUUGGAAUUCCGCCCUCUCUGCGGAGUGAGCAGUGACGACCUCCAGCACAGGAUGUGGUACCAUAGAUUGUCCCACCUACAAAGCAGACUUCACGACUUGCUGAAAGGAGGAGUCAUAUGUCAGGCCCUUCCCCAGCCCACCUUCAAAAGCUUACUUCCUUUAGCUGUUCGUUGGCACCAUACAGCCUCUAAGUUUCUGACUUGUGCUUGGCAGCAACAUGAAGAUCAUUUUGAGCUGAAAUAUGCUAAUACCGUGAUGCGCUUCGAUUAUGUCUGGCUUCGAGACCACUGCCGCUCAGCAUCGUGCUACAACUCUAAGACUCAUCAGCGCAGCUUGGACACAGCCAGUGUGGAUUUAUGUAUCAAGCCAAAGACUAUUCAUCUGGAUAAGACCACACUCUUUUUUACUUGGUCAGAUGGUCACGUGACUAAAUACGACUUGAAUUGGCUAGUGAAAAACAGCUACGAAGGGCAGAAACAAAAAGUCAUCCAGCCUAGGAUAUUAUGGAAUGCUGAAAUCUACCAGCAAGCCCAAGUUCCAUCUGCAGAUUGCCAGAGCUUCUUAGAAACCAAGGAGGGAUUGAAGAAGUUUCUGCAAAACUUUCUGCUCUAUGGAAUUGCUUUUGUAGAAAAUGUCCCUCCCACUCAAGAGCACACAGAGAAGUUGGCAGAAAGGAUCAGCUUAAUCAGAGAAACCAUUUAUGGGAGGAUGUGGUAUUUCACUUCGGACUCCUCCAGAGGUGACACUGCAUAUACCAAGUUAGCCCUGGAUCGGCACACUGACACUACCUAUUUUCAAGAGCCCUGUGGCAUUCAAGUGUUUCACUGUCUUAAACAUGAAGGAACUGGUGGCAGGACACUGCUAGUAGAUGGAUUCUAUGCAGCACAACAGGUUCUCCAAAAGGCACCUGAGGAAUUUGAACUCCUCAGUAGAGUGCCACUAAAGCAUGAAUAUAUUGAAGACGUUGGAGAAUGUCACAACCACAUGAUUGGGGUUGGGCCAGUCUUAAAUAUCUACCCAUGGAAUAAAGAGUUGUAUUUGAUCAGGUACAACAACUAUGACCGGGCUGUCAUCAAUACCAUUCCUUAUGAUGUCGUCCAUCGUUGGUAUACAGCACACCGGACUCUAACGAUGGAGUUGAGGAGACCUGAGAAUGAGUUUUGGGUCAAACUAAAGCCUGGCAGGGUCCUAUUUAUAGACAACUGGCGUGUCCUACAUGGCAGGGAAUGCUUCACUGGCUACCGCCAACUCUGUGGCUGCUAUUUAACAAGAGAUGAUGUAUUAAACACUGCUCGCCUCUUGGGACUUCAGGCUUAAAAUUGACAGCAUCUGGAUUAUGAAUACACCUGGCACCCUGGCUACCAGAA